AUGAGCUAAGUUAAAUUUGGAGACUAUAUUACAAUUUAGGGCACCCUCUUGGAUAAAAAUAAUACUAAUGGAGCUCACUAUGGCUAUAUGUGUACAACGGGGUUUACAAAUAACGAAAUCUACUUAGAAAAAUAAUCAAAAUCCAUAUUUGCCAAUACCAGUAAUUAAGAUCAGCAAAUCAGCCAAAAGCCAGAAGAUAAUGUCUUCUCAAUCAAGAAUUAUAGAGAAUAUGUUUUUUAAAUAUGGCCCAAGCUCGAUUACGAUGCCCAUAAAAAGUAUAGCAAGCUUUUGGAAGAAAAAAACCAAAUAUAAAAAAAGUUAAAGAGCAGCAAGGAUAAUAUAGACAUUAGCGAAGAAGACUAAGAAAGAAUGAAGGAGUAUUUGAAUGAAGUAAGAGAAAAGAUUAAGAUUGCGAAAAUUGCAAAAGAAUCUGAAAAGGCAAAUAAUCUGAAAUAAUUGGAAUCAGUUAAAGGAAAUUUUGUUUGCUAUGGUUAGGAAAUAUUUUUAAUGCAUGCAGAUUCAUAGUCUUUUUUAAAUGGUCUUUUGCAGGCUUCAGUCAGUGAAAAAUCAGCUUUUAUGCUGCAAGUUACUAAAUUUUUUUAGAGAGGGAUGGUUUUUAAAUUUCAACCUAAAUAUAAGCUACGUAAGGAAGGAGAAAUUAUAUAAUAUAAAGAUUAAAUAUCAAUUUUUAAUGUGAAAUAAUAAUGUUGGGCUAACUUUGUGCCAUCAAAUAUAACUUAGUAAGAUAAGAUCAUCUAAGGUCCUACUCCUACAAACUACUACUAAAGUAUAGACUUUUAAAAAUACUAAAAUCGUUAAAGAGUAGAAGUAUUUUUGACAAAAGUAAAAGAAGCCUUUUGGCAAAUUCAUAUUCAUAGUGACUAUAUUCAAAAUCAGGAGACCAGUAUUAAAGGAGGAGAUUUAAUUUAUUUAUAUCAUACUGAAUUGCAAGGUGCACUCACUGCAGAUAUUUCUUAUGAUAAUAAAAAAGGAUAUUCAGAAGCAUAUAUUAGAAAGUAUUAGGGAGAAUAUGAAUUAGAAAAGUAUUCAGUAGCUUCUAUUUGGGAAAUUGAAAAAGACUCCUGCUUUGAUAGAGGUAGCAAUAUACCUGUGAGCAGUCUUAGUAACCAAGAUAAGAAGAGUACCUAAUCUUUUAAAAUUAGACAUUUUUUAACUGGUAAGGUUUUAAGCAUACAGCAAGUAAAUCAAGGAUAAUACAUUCCCUGCUUGGCUAAAGAUGACUUAACUACGCUAGAAAAUUCUAGUAAAAUCUAGUUUGUAUCUACUUAAAAUGAUGAAAAUGAAAUAAUGGAGGAUAAUCACUGCUAUCUUAUAAAAAUCAAUGAUUAAUUUAUUUAGGCCAAUUCAUCCAUCCAAUAUACUGUUUAAAAGCAUGAAAAAAAUUCUGAGAACAAGUUAAAUGUUACUGAUUUUAAAGAUGUAACUGAAAAUAUGAUUUACAAGCCUAUUGAUGAUAGUGAAUUUGAAGUUUAUAGAAAUGGGCUAACUUGUGUUGAUAAGGGAAGCACUGAAGAAAAUGCAUUUUAAGUAAUAAAGUUAACAGAAGAAGAGAAGCAAAAUAUUUUAUAUGUAAACUCCUCAUUGAAUAUACUCCAUAAGUUUUUAUAGAAGUUAAGAAACGUUCCUUACAGAGAACCCUUACCUAAAAAAGAAUAUAUUAAAAAAGUUGGAUAAAUACUUUCUGAUUUAGUUUUAUUUGUUGUCAAAACAGAGAGCAAAAAUCCUUUGGAAUGUGAAGGUAUACCCAUUCCAAAACGCCAAAAAAUAAUGAAAGAUUAUAAAUUCAUUGAAUUACUAGUUGAUUUGCUUUAUUAUCCAUUCAAAACAGAGGUUUAUAAAAUGAAAGAGCUUGAUUAGAUAGAUCCUGAUACAGUCAAAAUCUUUAAGUUAUGCAAUGUUUUGAUUAAUAAUUCUAUAAAGGAAUAUAGACCUAAUGAAAUUUAUGCUUCUUAAUGGAUCAAUUUACUCAUUUUCUAAUCUGAAAUGACAGAAGGCUAUUGUGAUAUUGGAUCAGAGGAAACUCUAACUGAGCUAAUUGAUAACAAUAAAAAAAUUUUAGAAACCAUCGAUGAGGUGACUGUGAAUAAAUUCUUGUAAAUGUUAAUGGAGAACUAAAACAAGAAAUAUGUUAAACUCAUAAGGGCACUAAUACUCUGCAAUGGUCAACCUGUUCAUAAUUAAGAGUUAAUUUCAAAUUAUUUGCUUAGUGGGAUGGACGCUAUAUCUAACGAUGAAGAUGAAACAGGACAAGUAAGUUAAAAUAAAGUUAGCUAAGUUCUAUAGCGUUAAGUGGAUAUAAACAAACCUUUGAUCAUUUAAGCAGUGAAGUAUAUUAAUGGAGAAGUUUGGGUUUAGAGCCCUUUUAAAGAAAACUAUGGAAAAUUUAUGCUGCUUUCAAAAUUUUAAGAAAUGUCUACAGAGUCUCAAGAAAAUUUAGAUAAAUUUGAAUAUUUUUCAGAGAUGAUAGGAAUGUUAAGUGACCUAUGUAAAUCUAGAAAUUAUACAGCUAUCAAUUAGUUGGUCCAUGUUUAUAAAAGAAGAGUGUGCUUCGAAAUAGUUUAAAAUAGUCUCUUUGAUCCCUACUUAAGAAGAAGCUUCGUCAUGCUUAUACACACAAUGUAUUUGGAUAUUUCAGAUUUCAAAAAGUUUUCAUUACCUAACAAUAUAAGAGUUUGGACUGAAAUUGAAAAAGCUAAAUCAAUAGUAAGUGUCUAUGAUCAAUAACAAAACUUAGAAAAGGUUAUGGGGUUAAAUAGUUUUGUAUCACCAUUACUUUAUGCUUCAAACCAUUUGAAAGUAUUCUCUAUAGAGUAUAUUAUUGGUAUCGCAAAAUCAAAAUACAUGAGCUCAUUGAAGGAACCAGAAAAUCUUUUGACUUACAGCAUUCUUUAAAUGAUUUAAGAUCUAGUUGAUUUUGGUUUCUUCGAUAACAGUGACGAACUCGAGAGUUUGGUGAAGAAUAUUAUUAAAAUUUUGGAUUCUUCAUUAGAUGUUGGAAAUUAAAAUGAAGAAGAAGCUGCAGAAGAAGUAGUGAAAUUAUUAUCUUGCCGCACUACAAUUAGUAAAGGAAAUAUUCCUUAAGCCUUAAAAAAGUUAAAUCAUAUUUAAAUUUCAAGGUUUACAGGGAGAUACGAGCACACUGAAGAUAAUCUAAUUGUGCACGAAUGCAAAACAAUCUGUUGUGAAAUCUUAAAAAAAGUAAUUCUAAUCAGAAAUGAUAUGAGAAUCACUUAAUUUAUGAAGAAGUUUAAGAAUGAAUUUGACUUGAUUACUACUUUUAAGCCAAUGAAUAAAAAUUCUAAAAAAAAACCGUCUAUGAAACCUUUAGAAAUAGAAAAUCCUAUAUAACAAUUUUAAAGAAAAAGGAAUCCAUCUGAUACUCCUAAUUCUGUAAACUAAAGCCAUAUACAAGGAGAUAAAAGUCCAUUGAUUAAUGAAGUAUUUUCUAAUUAAUUGAAAAUUGAAGAAGGAAUAUAGGAUGUUUCUGAAUAAGAAAGGAGGUAAAUAAGUUAAGCACUAGCUAAAAGAUCUUAGGAGAUGUUAGAUGAAAUAUUCUUUCAGAACACAAUUAAAUUAAGAGGAUGCUUAAAAGUAGAUGUAGUUGCUAUAUUUUAAGAUUUAACUCUUUAUUAAAAUUCAGAUUUAGUUAAUAAUUCUUUUGAGAUUCUUAACAUGCUAUUCACAGAAAGAUAAGAAAUUUUGAAUUUGCUGUAAAAUCUAUAACUACUAGAAGACCACGAAUAAAUUCAGAGCUACUUCAGCAUGAAGUAAAUUUAAGAUAAUUUGUCUGAAUAAGUUGAAAAAAGCGAAAAUUGGCUUUUCAAAUAUGAAGAAGCAAACAUAAAAGAAGCUGUGAAGGUAGAGAUCAAUCUUUAGUAGAUUGUUCAAAUUUAAGCCUAGAAGUUGCAGGGUUUACCCUUACCUGUGAUUGGAAUAGAGUAGGGCGAAGAUACAGGUCGUUUAUUGAAUUAAAAAUAAGAUUACAAUUAAGGAAUAAGAUAAGAAGCAAUUAAUUUUAUAGAAUAGCUAUUUGAAGAAGAUGAGGUAAAAAAUUAGUACUCAUAGGAACUGAUUAGAAACAGCUACUUAUAUCAAUAGAUAAUAGAUUUGCUUAACUAUGAUGCGAAUACCUUCACUCGUAAGCGUUAAGAAGAGGGAAUAAAUAAGCUUAAUUUUAAUGAUACCUCUGUUUUUAUUCGUAUUUUACGCUUAUGCUAUAAAAUUUUGGGAAGAUUGGUUAUUGGAAACAAAUAAAAUCAAAUUUUGCUUACUGAUUAAGUAACUGAUUUUAUUUUUAAGCACAUGAAGUAUUUACCAUAAUCAUAUCCCCAUCUUCUUUUAGAUCCCUUAAUAGAACAGAAUUCUCUCCUUAUUAUGCACGAAGAAAUUUGUCGUAAGUUCGUAAAGGAAAUCUUUAAUUGCAUCAAUAUUUUGAAAUCACAUAACAUAUUGAAUUUAGUUUCUUGCUAUCUAGAUAUAUUGAAGAAAAUUCCUUAUGUUAACGAUAUAAUUGUAAAAGAAAACUAAACAAUUAUUAUGGAUCUUCUAACUAGUAAAGAGAAUUAGAAUCUUCUCUCUUUUAUUAAUUUUGAUGAUCCUUCAUACAAAUAACUUAUACAUUCUAGUUAAUAAUUUUAAAACUUUGUCGAUUCAGGCUAAGAAGAAAUUAUUGAUGUACCAUAAGAAUUAGAUUACUUUGAUAGCUUGCUCAGUUUAAUGGCUGCUGUAUGUGAUUCAAAAAAUAAUGCCACUGAAAGUAAAGCACAAAGUUACAUUUCCCUAUACUAAUUAAAGGAACUCCUCAUUAAAUUCAAAAAUUGCUUCUACGUUAAGAGAAGUUUAUAUUUCUUCUUUUUCCACGUAUAUCUUGACACUGAAAAAGAAAUGUCUGAUUAACUUCUCGAAAUUAAAAAGUUUAUCAUCUAAUCUAUUGAAGAUGAUCUAAUUUUAAUUACCAAUAACUUGGAUGUCCAAGAUAUUUAAUUAUUAAACUAUAAAGGAAAAAUAUCUCUUUAGAAAAUAAAAUUGGAAUAUAUAUUUGAAUCUCUAUUCCUAUGUGUCGACACUAUUUUAUGUAAAAAGCUACUUGAUACAAGCUCAGAAAAAUAAUUUUUAACUCAAUUGCUUGAGUCAAUUAUUAAAGUUUCUUAGCUUUCUGUGCUCAAGCAAACUCAUAAAAGAAAAUUAAAAGGAAUCCUCAUUUAGUUAGUUGUAAGAGGAUUUACAUCAAUUUAGAAACUCAAAUAGCAUAAUAUCAAUAGCUAAAUAAUUCCAAAUCUACUAGAGGUUCGUUAAACAUAAAAAAAUUUACAAGAUUAUUUUUCUACUACGAUCUAAAUAUCUCAUGAAAGCACUGUUUAACUUUCAUAAAAGCAAGCCACUUUAUUAGAUGUUAUUAAGAAAUUGAAAAAAUCAGAAAUUUUACAAGAAGAAAUAAGAAAAGAAUUCAAGAAUUUUGUUGAUUAUUUCACAGAUAUCAAAUACAUUAGUUUAAAGGCGUUCCAGGGAUUAUGUACCAUAGAGUUUUCAGAACUAACUACAGCUAUGAUUAAGUUAAUGGUUCAAAAUAGAUUCGUUAAUGACUACGACAACACAUAAAAUGAAUUAGAGAAAAAGAGACUUCAAGUUCUUAGGUAAAUUAUAGAGCUUGAAAACCCAGAAAGUAAUGAUUCUAUUGAUUUAUGGGACUCACUUGAAGGCUUUGAAGAAGAAAUUAUAAAAAGAUAAAAUUAACUAAUUCAAUAAGGAGUGGCUGAAAUGAUAGUUGAAAUUAUUAAAGAUCCCCAGGCUUCAAGUGAUAUAAAAGAAGAAGCUAUAUUACUAGGUAUAGCUUUAUUGAUUGGUGGAAAUGCUAAAACUCAGGAUGAAUUUCUUAAAGCUUUGUCUAGCGAUUCAAAUAAUUAAUUUUUAGGAGUUCUCUACGAUAUGAUUACUAGAGGUUUGCUUCUAAUUAAAAAAAAUAUGUCAAAGCUCAAUAAAUAAGUUGAAUUUAAGCUUAUUGAAGAAUAAAAGCAAGCUCUUGAUUAACAAAUUAAUUUAAAUGAUGAAGAUUUUGAUGAUAAAUUAUCUGACGACGAGGCAGCAGAUGUGAUGGAUAGCUAAGAUGAUGACGAAGAAUCAUAAAUUCCUUAGAAUGUAAUUCAAGAAAUAAGGAGAAUCAGAAGAGUUUAUAGAUUACUCUAGCUUUUCUGUGAAGGCCACAAUAAUCAAUUCUAGAAUCACUUGAGAUAGUAGAUCAUCGAUUAACAAGAAUCAGGAAAAUCCAUCGAUUUUAUUAUGAACACAACUAUCUUAUUUUCAAGUGCAGUUAAAUAUUUGAAUAUUCACUGCAUAGAUCUUAUUGAUUAGAUAUUGGAUUUCUUAAUAGAAUCCAUAUAAGGGCCUUGUGUAGAAAAUUAAAUAACAAUGUGCAGAGGUAAAAUAAAUGAAACUUGCAAAGACCUCCUUUAAAAAUUCCAAGGUAAUCAAGAAUAAAAUAAAUAAUAUUACAUUCUCGGUUUUGACACAGAAGAAAAUAAGGAAGAGUUAGAGAGUUUGAUAAGCAAGUCAUUUAAAUUACUUUACUCUUUGAUUGAAGGUGAUCCCUCCAAAGACAUACUUCAAUAAAUGUGCUAAACUUUGGAUUUCAAUCACUUAUUCCAAAUCUUAGAUGAUAAAUUUAAGAAGAUUUUGUAGCAAUUGAAUAUUUCAUUUGUCUAAACAUUAAAUUUUUCAGAUGAAAAAAUCAGAAAGAUCGUAGAUAGAUUGGAUAGCCAUUUUGAUGAGAGUCUAGAAGGAGUGUUUGACAUUUACCUAUUAAUUUCAACACUUUCAGAUAAAGACGAGAAUGUAAAGCAAUUGCUUGAAAAUCCUCCAGAUGAAUACGUAUCAGCCUUGAAGUUCUUUAAAUAUAACACAGCUUCAAUAGAAGUUGUUUUUAAGAAUAAUUUGAUUAGAGUUUAUUUCCCAAUUCAGCCUAUCUGUAGGCUUUUGAGCAAAAAUAGUCGUGCAACUUUAAUGGAAGAAAUUCCUCGUAGCACAACUAGUGAAAAAAUAGAAGGUUUAGUUGAGGCAACAAUUGACUUAUUUGAUGAAAUGGAACAUCUUGCUUUCUUGAAGAAAUAGAUUUUUAACUUUUCAAGUAACAGGUUACAAGCACUUAUGCUUAUAUCUUACACUUUUGCUCUUGCUAUUAAUUUAACAAUAUUAUUUACAUAUAAACUAACUUUCGAAGAGUUUUAGAAAGCUAAGAACUACAUUAAUCCUGGAGCUUUAACAACUACUGUAGUUUUUGGAAUAAUUCAAUUUAUAACUGUACUAAUCAUCAUUCUUUUCUAUAUCAUUAUUCAUGGUCCAUUAAUUAUUAAACGCUCUUGGCAUGCAAUAUAAGAAGAAAACGAAAAAUUUAAGAAACCUUAAGAGGAAGAAAGAAUUAUUGAAGCUAAAUACCUAAGUCUAAGAGAUGCUGUUAGUGUCUUAAUGACAAAAGGUCCAAAUGCAGAGGAGUUUUGGAAAAGUGGUAAAAGAGAUUUUGGCCACUUUUUUGUUGCAUUUUUUUAUUACUGGAGAAACUUCUAAACUAUGAUGCGCUAAGGAAGUUUUAUAUAUUUAUUAUUCUAUGUUAUUGUUUCUGCUAUGGGUUUAUUUGUAUCUGACAUAACCUAUUGUUUAUUAUUGUUAGAUAUUAUAGCUAGAUUCCCUACUCUUCAAAAUGUUGUUAAGGCAGUUACAACUAAUAUUAGACAAAUAGGUUUAACAACUCUAUUGGGAGCUGUGCUUAUUUAUAUUUAUUCUAUUUUUGCUUUUUACUUCUCUGAUCAAACCUACAAAACUACAGAAGUCUAUGGAUUAGAUGGUGAAAAGGGUGAUUAAAAUACUUGCACGACGCUCUUCUAGUGCUAUUUGUAUACAUUAAACUAGGGUCUUCUUCAUGCAGCAGGUAUUGGUGAAGCUAUUGCUAAGCCUAGUUACGAAGAUCCAAGCACAUUUAUAUUUAGAUAUUUCUUUGACUUAAGUUUCUUCAUGAUUAUUAAUAUUAUGUUCUUAAACUUCAUCUUUGGUAUCAUCAUAGACACUUUUGCAUAAUUAAGAGAUGAAAAGCAAAAAAAGGAGGAAGACAAAAAUAACGUUUGCUUUAUAUGUGGCUUAUCAAGAAACGAAUUUGACAAAGUACCUGGAGGAUUUACUAUACAUAUUGAGAAGUAGCAUUAACUCUGGUAUUAUGUAUACUAUAUUUAUCACCUAAAAUGUAAAGAUAGCACUGAAUAUAAUGGUGUUGAGUCUUACAUAUAAGACUUACUUAAUAAGUAAUAAACAACAUGGUUCCCAUUACUAAAGGCUUUAUCACUAAGUAAAUCAGAGGAUUAAAAUUAGGAAUCAUAAAUUGAAAAUAAAUUUGAGAAACUAAAAUCAGGAUUAAAGGAUGUCACAUCUAAAGUAGAAAAGAUUUCCUCUAAAAAAAUCGAAAAGAAAAAAAAUAAAUGA